AUGUCAAAUAUGCAGCCCAACUCCUUUGUCAGAUCCGCAACUCUGAUUGCUAACAAAACCGGUCGCAUCACUGGUGAUAUCUAUCUCGAUUCAAUUAUUGAAAGGUGCGUUUUAGGUUUUUCUGAUCUCAAACUUCCUCUUACUCUCUUCCAUGAUUUGAUUUCAUUGCACCCUCUUCCUUCUACUGCUGUUUUCAGUCAGCUUUUGAACUCCAUUUCCAAAUUGAAGCACCUUCAUCCUCAUUCCACCAUUGUUUCUCUCUCCAGACGCCUUGACUUUCUCGGCGUUACUCCUAACAAAUUUUCCCUCAACAUUGUUGCUGAUUCUUACUGUCAUCUGGGUCGGGUCGAUUUCGGGUUUUCUCUUGUUGGUAAAAGGAUUAAGCUUGGUUAUUCUCCUGAUGAUUUUACCUUUAACACCUUAAUCAAUGGCUAUAUCAAUAAUGAUGAGUUCCCUCAAGCUACUCUUUUGUUUGAUAGGAUUGUCAAGUUGGGUUUUCAACCUGAUGUUGUAACUUAUGGUGCUAUGAUCAAGGGGUUUUGUAGGACUGGUCGUAAUACAUGUGCUCUCAAUUUGUUUAAGAAAAUGCAAUUAGAAGGUCGUUGUAAGCCUAAUCUUGUCAUAUACACUACUAUUAUUGAUAGUCUUUGUAAAAAAGGGAUUGUUAAAGAGGCACAUGACUUGUUCAAUGCUAUGAGAAAUGAGGGCAUCAAACCCUAUGUUGACACUCACAUCUCCUUGGUUCGCGGCCUCUAUAAUUCCGGCUCUCGGGAUGAGGCUAAGCGUGUGUUGACUGAGAUGUUAGAUAGUAACAUGGCACCAGGUGUUAAGGCCUACUGUAUGUUGGUUGACAUGUUUUGCAAAGAGGGUGAGGUUGAUGUUGCACAAGCCACAUUGCAGCGCAUGAUUGACAUAGGUGUGACUCCAAACGUCGUUGCUUACAAUGCUUUACUUGAUGGUUAUUAUUUGUGUGGCCGGAUGGAAGAUGCUGAAAAGCUGAUUGGGAACAUGACCAUAAAUGGUUGUAAGCCUGAUCUUGUGAGUUUUAACACUAUGAUAUAUGGAUGUAUCAAACUCGAGAACACUGACAAGGCUCUCAACAUAUUCAAUGCAAUGGUUCAGAAUGGGAUAACUCCGGAUGUUGUUACCUAUAACACUCUUAUUGAUGGCUUGUGUAAAGCCAAUAGACUUACACUUGCACGUCAGUUGUUCACAGAUUUGCAAGCUCACGGGGUUACUCCUGAUGUUGUCACAUAUAAUUCGUUGCUUCUUGGCUUGUGCAAAAGUGCAGAGUCUGCUGAGGCAGUGGCCUUACUUAAAGAUAUGGAGGGUAAUGGUGUAAAUCCUGAUGUUAUCACUUACAGUAUCCUAAUCCACUACUUGUGUAAGGCUGAGCAACUUGAAGAUGCAGCUAAGUUUUUCUCUGUUCUUCGGCAGAAGGGUCUGCAAACUGAUUGUAAAACUUACAAUAUGAUGAUUAAAGGCUACUGCAAGAAAGGGCUUAUGAGUGAAGCUUCUCAAUUAUUCAGCAGAAUGGAAGAAGAUGGUUGUCCCCCUAAUGGUUAUUCCUAUGCUACAAUCAUCCGUGGAUAUAUUCUUAAUAAUGACUUAGCAACGGCUUUCAACAUAUUCAAUGAAUUGGUUCAGAAGGGGAUAACUCUGGAUGUUGCUACCUACAACACUCUUAUUGUUGGCUUGUGUAAAGCCAAGAGACUUACAUGUGCACAUCAGUUGUUCACAAAUAUGCAAGCUCACGGGGUUACUCCUGAUGUUGUCACAUAUAAUUCGUUGCUUCUUGGCUUGUGCAAAAGUGCAAAGUCUGCUGAGGCGUUGGCCUUACUUGAAGAUAUGGAGGUUACUGGUGUAAAUCCGGAUGUUAUCACUUACAGUAUCCUAAUCCACUACUUUUGUAAGGCUGAGCAACUUGAAGAUGCAGCUAAGUUUUUCUCUGUUCUUCAGCAGAAAGGUAUGCAACCUGAUUGUAAAACUUACACUAUGAUGAUUGAAGGCUACUGCAAGAUAGGGCUUAUGAGUGAAGCUGCUCAAUUAUUAAGCAAAAUGGAAGAAGAUGGAUUUCGCCCUAAUGAUCAUAACUAUACUACAAUCAUCUGA